CCGAAGAUACAUCCAAAAAAAUAACCAGCCGAUAACUGAGGCGGCGGCUGGCGCGGCGCUGCAGGAGGGAAGGCGAGGAAGUCUCCGGGCUUCCCCGGGGACGGAGGUCGGUCAUCCUCGGGGGAAACCGAAGCCGCGCGCGCUGGGGGGCUCUGAUGGGGUUACCAUUCAGUCAACAGAGCUGAAGAGAAAGCUUUUGGAAGCUGUAGUAUGGACCAACAAGAGUUGCCUCCUCCUGCUUCAGAAGACAAUGUUGUGAAAUGUGACACUAAUAAUAAUGAAGAGGAGGAGGGAGAGCAAUUUGAUUUUGACAGUGGAGAUGAAAUUCCAGAAGCAGAUAGACAAGCACCAUCUGAUCCCAACUCUAGUAACACUGUAGCGAAUGAAGAAGCUUCUUCCAUAGGAGAUGAAAAUGGAACUGGGACAGAAACAAUUGUAUUAGUAGAACCUACUAAGGUUGCAGUACCAACUAAAGUGAACCCAUAUUCAGUCAUCGACAUCACCCCAUUCCAGGAAGACCAAGUCCUAACUCCAGAUUCAAAUGCCGAGGAAGAAAGCUUGAGCCACCAUGUACCUAGUGGCUACUCAGUUCCUGUGCCUUGUGGCUAUGCCGUUCCUUUCAACCUGCCGUUGAUACUGCCGGCCUAUUCCAGUCCUGUGAUUAUUCGCACUGUUUCUGUGGAUGAAGAAGGAGAAACACAAGAAGUAGCAGAAGAUAGCCAGUUUAAUUCUUUAAGUUCUGAGGAUCCUCCAAACAGUGAAGAUCAGGUCAAUAAAGAAGACAGUGCCCUGGCCCGAUGGGUUGCAGAUCCUGCCAACACAGCAUGGAUGGAAAAUCCAGAAGAAGCAAUUUAUGAUGAUGUUCCAAGAGAAAAUUCAGACUCCGAACCAGAUGAACUGAUUUAUGAUGAUGUUGAGAAUGGGGAUGAAGGUGGGAACAGCUCUUUGGAAUAUGGAUGGAGUUCAAGCGAAUUUGAAAGUUAUGAAGAACAGAGCGAUUCAGAGUGCAAAAAUGGAAUUCCCAGGUCCUUCUUGCGUAGGAAUCACAAAAAGCAACUUUCUCAUGACCUAACCCGUUUAAAGGAGCACUAUGAGAAAAAGAUGAAAGAUUUGAUGGCAAACACUGUGGGAGCAGUAGAGAUUCAGCAGCUAAAGCAAAAACAUGAACUGAAGAUGCAAAAACUCAUGAGGGCUGCAAAGGAGGGUACCAAAGAUGGACUUGAAAAAACUAAAGCUGCUGUGAAGAGAGGUCGCUCAUUCAUUAGGACCAGGUCUUUUAUUUCUCAAGAUCACAGAUCUUGUCUUGAAGAAGAGCAAAAUUUAUUUAUUGAUGUUGACUGCAAGCACCCAGAAGCCAUCAUGACUCCAAUGCCCGAAGGCUUAUCUCAGCAGCAGGUUGUAAGAAGAUAUAUUCUGGGUUCAGUUGUCGACAGUGAAAAGAACUAUGUAGAUGCUCUUAAGAGGAUUUUGGAGCAAUAUGAGAAACCACUGUCUGAGAUGGAGCCAAAGAUUCUGAGUGAAAGGAAACUAAAGAUGGUGUUUUAUCGAAUUAAAGAAAUCCUGCAGUGCCAUUCCAUGUUUCAGAUAGCACUGGCCAGUCGCGUAUCUGAGUGGGAUUCUGUUGAAAUGAUUGGAGAUGUCUUCGUUGCUUCGUUUUCUAAAUCCAUGGUACUGGAUGCUUAUAGUGAAUAUGUGAAUAAUUUUAGCACAGCUGUGGCAAUCCUGAAGAAAACAUGUGCUACAAAGCCUGCUUUUCUUGAAUUUUUAAAGCAGUGCCAAGAAUCAAGCCCAGAUCGAAUUACACUCUAUAGUUUGAUGAUGAAACCAAUACAGAGAUUUCCACAGUUUAUUCUUCUUCUCCAGGAUAUGUUGAAGAAUACAUCCAAAGGACAUCCUGACAGGCUGCCUCUUCAGAUGGCGCUUACAGAGCUUGAAACACUAGCAGAGAAAUUAAAUGAAAGAAAAAGAGAUGCUGAUCAACGUUGUGAAAUCAAACACAUAGCAAAAGCCAUAAAUGAAAGAUACCUGAACAAGCUUCUCAGCAGUGGAAAUAGAUACCUCAUUCGAUCUGAUGAUAUGGUUGAAACCGUUUACAAUGACAGAGGCGAAAUUAUUAAAACCAAAGAACGUCGGCUCUUCAUGUUAAAUGAUGUAUUGAUGUGUGCUACAGUUAGUUCACGCACCUCACACGAAAGCAAUGCUAUAAUAACCACCAGCCAAAGGUAUUUAUUAAAAUGGAGUGUUCCUCUUGGACAUGUAGAAGUAAUAGAAUACGGCAAUAAUGAAGGCCCAGGAGAAAACAACAGACACCCCCCGGUGCUCUCACCUGAAAGCCUGGUGGUUGUUGCUAAUGCUAAGCCAAACAAAGUUUACAUGGGGCCAGGACAACUGUAUCAAGAUUUACAAAACUUGUUGUAUGACUUGAAUGUAAUUGGUCAAAUCGCUCAACUAAUAGGAAACCUUAAAGGAAACUAUCAGAACUUAAACCAGUCAGUAGCCCAUGAUUGGACUUCAGGCUUACAAAGACUUAUUUUGAAGAAAGAAGAUGAAAUCAGAGCUGCUGAUUGCUGUAGAAUUCAGUUACAGCUUCCAGGGAAGCAAGACAAGUCUGGGCGACCCACUUUCUUUACAGCUGUGUUUAAUACAUUUACCCCUGCCAUCAAGCAGUCUUGGAUCAACAACUUACAGAUGGCUAAGCUUGCCCUUGAAGAGGAGAACCACAUGGGUUGGUUCUGUGUAGAAGAUGAUGGAAAUCAAAUUAAAAAAGAAAAACAUCCUCUCCUUGUUCGACACAUGCCGGUGAUGGUGGCCAAGCAGCAGGAGUUUAAGAUUGAAUGUGCCACUUAUAAUCCUGAACCUUACCUAAAUAAUGACAGUCAACCAGAUCCUUUUUCCACGGUGCAUGGUUUCCUGUGGAUCGGAAGUUGUACCAAUCAAAUGGGUCAAGUAGCUAUUGUGUCAUUUCAAAAUUCCAACCCUAAAGUUAUCGAAUGCUUCAAUGUGGAGUCUCGCAUCCUUUGUAUGGUCUAUAUUCCAGUAGAAGAGAAGCAGAAAGAGCCUAACACAGUCUCUGAAUCUGAAACGGGGGUUGUAAGAGCUUCAGAUGUGCCGACUAUUUGUUUAGGGACAGAAGAAGGAAGCAUUUCCAUUUAUAAAAGCAGUCAAGGCUCAAAGAAAGUGAGACUUCAACACUUUUUCACGCCUGAGAAAUCUACAGUCAUGAGCUUGGCUUGUACAUCCCAGAAUCUAUAUGCUGGCCUUGUGAAUGGAGAUGUCGCCGUCUACACAAAAGCAGAAGAUGGAUCCUGGAAUUCUGAACCUCAAAAAGUGAUAAAUUUAGGCGUCCUGCCAGUUCGAAGUCUAUUAAUAAUGGAAGAUACACUAUGGGCAGCUUCGGGAGGCCAAGUUUUUAUAAUAAGCAUUGAGACUCAUUCUACAGAGAAUCAGCUGGAGGCCCACCAGGAAGAAGGAAUGGUGAUUUCUCACAUGGCCGUAGCUGGUGUUGGGAUUUGGAUCGCCUUUACCACUGGGUCCACCCUUCGCCUUUUCCAUACGGAAACUCUCAAGCAUCUCCAAGAUAUUAACAUAGCCACCCCUGUUCAUAAUAUGUUAUCAGGGCCUCAGCGGGUGUCUGUGACUAGUCUGCUCGUUUGCCACGGCUUAUUAAUGGUUGGCACCAAUCUGGGCAUCGUUGUAGCCCUGCCAGUGCCUCGUCUUCAGGGAAUUCCCAAAGUAACUGGAAGAGGUAUGGUUUCCUACCAUGCACAUAAUGGACCUGUCAAAUUCCUUGUUGUGGCCACAGCUUUACAAGAGAAAAACAAAGACAAAUCCCAAGAUAGCCUGCCUCCCAGUUCUGAACCCCAGGAAGAAGACCAGAAGGACACGCUUCCAAAUGAGGGAGUCGAUUCUUGCCCAAAUCACAGCAACCCUGAUGGUGCCAUUUGGUUGGGAGAUUCAAUGGGAUCAAUGACUCAAAAAAGUGAUUUGUCUUCGUCUUCUGGGUCCCUGACUUUAUCUUAUGGUUCCAGUUCUCUGGAGCACAAGUCAGAGGACAGUGUCAUUUAUGACCUCUUGAAGGAUCCAGACAUCUCACUUAGAAGUAAAACACAGCGAUUCAGGAAAGCAAAAGCCAGUUCAGUGUUAGUCGUUUGCGGAGGACAGGGUCACAGACGGGUGAAUAAGAAGGCCAGGCCACAGCGCCACGAUGAGCUGGUUUCUUCUGUUAUGGUCUGGCAGAUUCCUCUGUUAAAUAUAUAAGUGGAAUAGUAUACUUUCUAGUAUUGACAUUUGCAAUCAAGGGUAACAUGUUAGCUAAAUCAUAUGAUAUGAGUGAUUUAGGCUGUAUCUACACUGAUUAAAGAUAAAUUAAAAACAGUAUUUGGGGAAGAAAUGUGCAAUAUCGUAAUGGUGACUUUCUUGCCAUCUCUCCCAUAAAGCAGAACUGAAUAUAAUCCCUUUAAAAAGGGUAGAAGACUGAUGCAAUUUUUGAGUAAAUCAAAGUUCUGGGUUAAUACAACACCCUUUUUAUUGCUAUAAUCCAUAUGUAAAUACUAACUACAUCAGCUUCAAAGCUAUUCUUGUAACAUAUUUCAUAGAGAAUUUGCAAACUAAGAAUUUGUGGGGAAAACAUGGCAUAUUCAGUAAUGUAGGAAUUUAUUAACAAUUCUUAAAACAUUUUUAUUUUAUUCAUUUUCAUUACAUUUAUUUAUAUUCUUUAUUUUUUUAAUUCCAGAAUAGAAUUUGUAACAAUUAAGAAAGCCAGGUAACAUAUACCAGUUGAGAUGGUGUUAUUUGCUUUCAGAAGUGAGCUGGAUUUCCCAAAGUGGUAUAAUGCAUAUACUGUAUAUUUUAACAAGCUAGUAUUUUUAUAUUGCAUUUUUCAAUUAAGAAUUAACAGCUAAUGUUUUAGUCAUAUUAUCUGUAACAUUUCACAAAUAAUGUUUGCUUUGAACCAAAAUGCUCAGUACCUAGCAGCAUUUAGACUCAAGCAUCAAUUCCAAAAUCUACUUCCCUUCUCAUCUUAAAUAGUAUUAAUAUCCAUAUUAGAAAUAUGUAUGUUGUAGUAUUGUAGGAAAUGUGUAAAAAGUCUUGGUCAGUUCUUGUAUGUGGUUUCAAACACCUGUUGACUUGGGAACACUAUAUCUGUUUUUAAAUAUACAUUCUGAAUGACUCAUGGUGCUAUUCCAUGUGGGUGUUCCAUUGCUGGCAAUGGGAUACAGGCCAAGAAAACUGACCUUCCAAUCAACGCUGUGUAUCAUUUAGAUGUCACUUCUGCGAAAUGCACAGGUUUGUAUUCUGCAGUGAUAGAGCCUACUGUUGAGGUACAUGACUAAUCAGUGAGUUCCAUUAUGCUCAACAUGUAUUUAUGUAUCAAUGUUUUACCUACUGGAUGGUUAAAAAAAUACAAAGCUAAUGCAGGUAUUCACCGGCAAUAAAUUUCUCAGCACUUUACAGAUUAUUAAAAAAAGCUAAUUUUAUGACUUAACCAAAUAUUUUCUAAGGUGCAUAUGUACUCCAAGUGAAAGUAGUAUCUUCCCAAGCUUUCAUAAACUGUUAGCUGCUCUUAUUUCAUAAAUAAAAGUCUUUUUAUUUUAAAAAUAUAAUAUUACAGACUGCCUUUUUCUCAUGAAAUACAAAAGGGCAAUUAAAUUCUGAAGGGGAGAGGGGCAAUCUGACCUGUCUUUUCAAAUUAAGUAUCAUCACUUGCUGGUUUGGGAAAUUUUUAUGUAUAAAUUCAAGAGAUACAUCACAAUCUUAAAUGGAAACCAGUGAUUUGAAUUUGAAUUAGUUGAUAGGAAACAUUCAAGAGACUCAUGUACUUGCCAGUUUUUAAUUUGAAUGGCAUCAUGAGUCGAAUGAGUUCAGUAUAAAAUAUAAAGAGAAGGGUCCAAAGUAGAUUAAGAUCCUUAAUGUUUUACCGAUUAAAACAAUAAAGCAUCUCUGUUUACACUGGCCAAAUAAAAUAAAACUUAUUUGAUUACUUUUUUAUUUAAACCAUGGUACUUAAAAGAUUUUUCAGUCUGAAGAUCUCGAAAGACUCAACUUAUAAAUACCACAUUUCCUUACAGCUGUAAUUAAGUAAAAUAAAGAAAAGUACCAGUGAGGUUUCAAUUUACAUUAUAAUAUUGGUAACAUAUUUAGAAAAAAGUCAUAGUAAUGCCAUCCAUACAUGUGUCACUUUACAUGUUUUUACUUGCCAACUGUAUCUUAGAGCUUUCUGUAUCGAUUUAUUACUUUUAAAAUUAAAAUGUAAUAUUCUUCCUUUUCAAAGCAUAAAUUUAAAGGUAAGCUCCCAAAGAUGUCCCUGCCGUGGAGAACUUAUUCUUAAUCUCAGUAAGAAUAUGUAUUUAAAGAACGUUUUGGAAAUUCUGUAAAUUAUCUAAGAAAUGUUAAUACAUGUAUUUGUGAGCAAUUUCAAAUCUUUCUAAUUACUCCUAAACAUCACAGCACAUCUCUUGAUUCUGGAUUUGUUGUCAUUAGUGUACUAUUACAUGUUAAUCACGUAAGUGUUUUUGGCUGUAUCUUUAUCCAUGUCCCGUGUCUCCCAAACAAAUCAUUGGCUGCCUGACUAAAUGUUGGUAAUUGUAUUUCUGGACUAAAUUGGUCAUGUAAAUAUCUGUACAUGUUGACACCAGUUUAAAUGUGUACUCAGAUCCUAAAUGUCAAAUACAUGUUAGGAUGCUGAAACUGAUCCUAAAUGACAGAAAAACAAGACAUUAAGAUAUUUUAUUUUAAAUGAUGCUUUGACAUAUUAUAGAAAAAUUGGCACACCUCUAUAUUUCAGGCAAAAAAAAAGUUGAAUCAGAUUAAUUUAGUAAAAAGACAUCUAAAGAAUUCAUCCAUUAGACAAUCAACCAAGCUGGGUGCCUAAGUGAUUAGGCUAUUGCACCAAUCCUCACCACUUAGACAGCCAGAAGAACAUUGAGAAGAGAGCUGCCAAACUAAUGGAUGAGGGGGGAAGCUGAGUGAUUGCUCUGGAUCACAUAUUCUGUGAGUGCCUUGAGUUAAUGGUCUACUUCAUAACCCCAGGGAGAUGAUAACUCAUUAGAAGUAGUACACAACACUAAAAACUCUCUAGAGCAGAAACCCAAGCAAAUCUCAAGGGUAUUAUAAGCUCUAUGCAGAGUUACAAAUAAAGUUUUAAUUUGUAGUUUCAUUCAUUAAAUGACUUACUUUGAACAGAUGCUAUGUCAUUUCAAUCAUUGAACAAAUGCCAGUAGCUGACUAUGUGUGUGAUAUUUUUCCUUUUCCUUUUUCCUUUUUUUUUUUUUUUUUUUUUUUGCAUUUGCUUCUCACAUUCUGAUACUAAGAACAUGUGGCUUUCCUGUAAUAACUAUUACUAUAUGUGGUCUGUUAUUCUAUUUAUUAGAACCCUCUUUUGAACUCACAGCCCUUUGUACUGUUCACAUAAUUUCCUCUCUCUGCUUGCCUAGCUUGUACACACCUCAUCUCUUCUGUUUGCUUUCAUGUUCCUUGAGAGAAGAACGUGAAGAUUAUGGAACUGUGAUUAUCCAGUUAGAUUCUUGUAUGCCUUUUUAAUCUGAAGAAUCAUGCCUGUCAUUUCUGGAAAAAUCUAGGCUAUUAUCUCUUCUAGUAUUGACUUUUCCCCCAUCCUCUCUAUUUUCUUCUUUGGAACUCCCACCAUAUAUAGUGAGUUACUUCUUAUUCUAUUCUCCAUAUCUCUUCUUUUUUAUAUUUUUCAUUUUCAUCUUUCUAUGUUAUGUUCUGGGAGAUUUCCUCACAUAUAUCUUCAGAUUCACUAAUUCUCUCUUCAGCUGUGUCUGCUCUACUUGUAUCUCAUCUAUUGAAGUUCCUUUAAAAUAAUUUCACUGGCUAUAUUUCUCAUUUCUAAGAUUUCUACUUGUUUUUAUAUCUGCUGGUUCUUAUUUUAUAUCCUCUUGUUCCCAUUUUUUCCUUGCUCUAACUUAGGAAGAUUUUUAACAUACGUAUUUUAAAGUCCCUUGUAGACUGAUCUUAAGAUGUGAAUGAUCUAAUUUAAGUCUACAGCCUAUUUUUUCAUGGCACCAAACUUUAUUAUAUAUUUUGUAAUUUUAGUUUGUAUGCUUUUAUUUUGAGAGAACUAACUUACAUGGAGGUUUUAUGCCAUAUAUGCCUGUGUUAUGAAGACCUCCUCAUGAAGCAGCUGCUAGGUUACCUGGACCUGAUUCUACAGGGUAUGCUAACUAUGAGAAAGGCUGUGCUCGUUUGUUGGCUCAGAAAUUUUAUAUUUGUAGUUGCUCAAGUCCAGCCCUCAUACCCUUACUGAAUAGACCUGGGUUCUGGGCUCAGGAGAGUGAUUCUGCUUCCUCCCACCACCAAGGCCAGGUGAAUUGCUUCAGGUCUCUCAUUUUUGGAUAUUCAGUUGGUUCCUGACUUGGGUUUUCACAUAGGGAACCCACUCUGAGCCUCUCCCCAUACACAGUCCUUGCUUUGGUUCGCAUACCUGCAUGAGUGUUAAAACUCCAGGCCUCUCUGGUUAUAGCCAUUCAUGCCCCCUUCAGUUCUUUCUCACACCCAUAAAUUCCCUCUCCACUUCUGGUACCAGAAAAAUUCUCUUUCUUGCUUUUGAAUGGGUCUCUGUUAUUUUAAAAAAUACGUGUUUUGUCCAGAAGUUCUCUGCCUUGAGUGGGAGAGGGAGUAUUUUAGUGUGUUCUCAAUAUGCCACCCUGAUCCAGAAUGAAUGGUGUAGUUUUGUAUUCUCCUUUAGUUCCAAAAACAUAGUAUGCUGUACAGAGCAGGCACUCAGCAAAUGUUUGCUUUUUGAAAUGAAGGAAUGAAUAUUAAUACUAUUACGGAUGUUUACAAGACCAGGACCAAACAUCUUAUAUUGACAGAUGAAAUAGAUAUAUGAAGUUAAUUUACUGAGACCAAAAGUCUAGUCACUAGAAAUGUAUCCACAGUGUUGCAUUGAGGGUAAUACAAUGACUGCCUGGGGCAUUUACAGGUUGAAAUUUAUAUGACUAACUCAUUGCCUCUCACACCCUCUAUCAUAGAAUGAAAUCCUGAGAAAAACAGAUGUGGAAUGGAUAAGCUUUGUUGGAGGGAAGAGGUUUGAGAAUAUGGGACAAUGGUGAACUCUUAUUACAUGGAAGACAUAGGUUCCUGCUUUCAUAGAGUUUACAUUGUAAUGAGGAAAGCAAGCAUAUAAACAACUACUAAACAAAUACUAUAAAAUUAAAUGCAUUUAAUAAGCAACAGACUUUUAUUGAGCACUUAAGAUGUGUCAGAAAUUGUACCAAUUCUGUGUUAAGCUCAGAGGAUAAGACACUGAAUAAAAAGCAUCACUUUCAAGUUGUAA